AUGAACUCGAUAUUUGGGCCAGCCAAAUCUUGGUUUACGUCAUUGCCGACAUCCACCCAGGCUCUGGAUCCAGAACCAGCAGCAAGCAGUUCAAACAGCUCAACACCCGGUCAUAGCCACGCCAUUGAUACGUCGUCAUCAUCUCCGAAGAGAACCGAGCCGGACGAUGAAAGUAGUUCAGAUAAUAACUGUUUCAACACGGCCAUCCAGGACCACCUGCGGCAAAAGCCUGUCCAAGAAACCCCAAAAGAGGGAAAAGUAGACGAUAAAGAACCGUUUGGGGGAAGGUUUGAGCAUGUGCGCGCAGCUCAUGCGAAAGAAUCAAAGGGGACAGAAGACAGCGACGAUGCCACGAAGUCACUCCAGGCAAAUUUUGCUAUACCGUUGACCAAACACGACGCCGAAGUUGGGUCUUCAAAAAGGCCUCUAGUCGUCGAAGAUCUUGAGGCCUUGGGCCGUAGUGGAAGCGUCGACAGUGCGAAGAGACGGAGAUUGAGCAUCGGACAGCACCGGUCCGGAUAUUAUGAACAGCUUUUCUCGAAGGACCAGCGUCAGCGCUUUAAAAGAGAACCCGGCUCGUCUCAUUCCCGGAUUAGAGCGCCCCUGAGACCUCUGAGUAAAAACGGGCUUUCUCGAAUGAGCCCUUGCACGAGCCUGGAUCAGGCAAAGUCAAAGGAGAUUGCCAAAAGUAUCAGGAAUACGCCAACCACAGCAGGUGUUAAGGCGACGGAGAAAGUGCAUCAAAUCAAAGAGAGGGCAAAGGAAAUUCAAGCACCCAAACGAACAGAAGAGCAAGUGGUACGAGAAUUCACCAAGGCCCCUAUUGACAGCAUAUUCGGUGACAAGACUGCAAGCAAUCCCACAAACACCAUAUCUUCUUCGAGGGGCCAACCGACCAAAGAUGCACGAAGAACACAAGGUGACAAAAAUCCGGCAUCAAGCCAACCAGCAACCCAUCAAACAGCUCAAGCAACACAGCCGUCUCGCUCAAAGGAGAAGCCUUCGGUACCACGCCUUACGAAAGCGGACGUAGAUCAAUUCAAUAUUUUCAAGGACAAGGGUCCACAAACGAAGCAUGCAAGAAUAGUCAACCAUCUCCCUAGCAGUUUCAACGAAGAGCGGACAGGUUACAAGUUUACAGCUCAGCGCGCCACUCAUGAUUUCCAACAAUCAGCAAAAGAAUACGAGGGACCAGCUCGGCCUUCGCCAGCCUCAAGACGCAAAAAGUCCGCCAUUCCGUCAUCGAGCAAGAACCCACCGGCACCGACAACCAGCAUUCACGCUCUUCCACCAACCCUGACUCCAACGCUACCACCCCCUCAUCACUUCCCAGCUGCUCUUCCUCCAGUUCCAGAACCAGCCCCCGAUGCUGCCAUCCCUCCGCCUCCUCCACCCAAGAAAGCCGUGCCCGCGCAAUCCCUCCUCUCCCCCACCGAUGUCAUCCUACAAUACGUGAUCAAACAAACGAAGAAACACCCCAUCUCCGAGUCCGACUCCGUUCGCCACUACCGAUCGAAGGUCGUGUACACCUCCAAAAAGGAGGCCAACGAAACCUGCCGACGACGGGUGCUGAACCUACUCAAGGAGGACAUCCCCUUUCAAACUGUGGAACAAGGAUAUGUGGGCGACCACCUUUUCAAAGGAACGAUUUUUUACGAGGAUGGGGACGUUCAGUUCUAUUAUGUGCACGAGGAGGCGGCGAUGCUAGGGGACGUGCUGGAGAAGAGGGAGUUGUGGGUGGAUGAGGAGGGUAUGGGGAUUUAUGCAAAGAGGAUGUGGGCUGUUUGGGCUGUGAGGUAUUAUCCGAGUGAGGAAGAAGAGACGAAGAGUCCGGGAGUGGGGGUGGGAAGUGGAAAGGGAAGGGUUGAGGUAGUGGAUGAGGGGGAUGAGGGGGAUGACGAAGACGAUGAUGAAGAGGAGGAAGAUUUAUUCGGUUGUAAGGACGUUGAUGGGCAGUUGAAUGAAGGGGAUGUUGAUGCGGAAGCAGGUGAGACGCAGAAGAUUAGCGAAGAUCAGGAUACUUCAGGUGUCCAGAUGAACAUGGACUCACAAACUGAGGGCCACCAAACGCAAACGGAGCCCGAGAUUCACACUCAACAGGAGAUUACGAGCAAAACCCAGAGCGAGACCCAAACACAGCCGGAGAAACAAACUCACGCUAGUCCCUCGACUCAGUUGGAAGGGCAUCCCACAACAAACGUCCAGGGCCAUCUGGAUCCUCACAAAAUGGAUGUCGAGGGUCACUCAAGACCUUGGUCAGGGCUAAAUCUAUCAACCAAUCCUCCCACACCAGCACAAACAGAACAAAAUAAUUCUAACUCAACCCAGCCUCAAAACCAGCCCACCAAUCCACCACGCCCGCCCACACCCCCCUUACCCUGUACCCUCUACUCCCCACCUCCCCCCUCAACCAUCUACUCCUCCUCUUCCGAGUCUGACUCAGAAGACAUCUCCCACAUCAGAAGAAGAAGUCUUCCUAACAACAUCCCCCCACCCCCUCCUCCCCUGCCCUCCUCCACCCUCCUCACACCCGCCACCACUCUCCACGGUACUUUCACGACCCUCCGCCUCGCCAACCUUGAGGCACUGGAAAUCUUCAAAGCCCUAACCAAGCCGGAGCCGCCCGCGAGGAUGAACGAUGUUUCGCACUGGCGGGACGAGGUGGUUCCCGAAGCGGAGGCGAGGUUCAAAGAAUGGACUAACACAAAUGGCCAAAAUAAUGAUGAUGAUGUUGAAAUCGGAAAAGACACCAACGAGCAGGGAAACGAAAAUGACGGGGACGAUUACUAUGGAAAUGUGAUAGAGAAAAGACCAUUCAACAUAGAGUGGGAACCUGAUGCGCACUUGUUCAAGUGGCGGUUUAGAAAAGUGCAGGUGUGGGUUCAGGAGUUGGAGCUGAAGGGGCCGAAGAAUUUGGGGGGUAAUGGAAAUGCUGGCGAUGGACCGGCAUCGAUUUCGGGAGCGGCAAGGCCAAAGGCAAGGGGAGCUGGAACGGUAAAGGUGAAAGCUUCGACUGCAGCUACAGCUGCAACCACUACCCCCAAUACAACCGCCCCCAGAACGGAUGAUGAUGAGCUCGCCAACCAACACACAUACUACAGAAAUGCCCGGGAAGAAUUAGCAGCAGCCAAGGCCAAAGCGAAGGGAAAGAAGCGUCGAAGGCCAACAAAAGAGGAGAAAGGAAAAGGUAAGGCCAUUGAUGUUGACCCUGUUGUUCCUAGGGAAGGCAAUGGGAAGCCGGCGGUGAAGGAGGGGGAGGACGAGUGGGGAGGAAUCGAGGAGGGUGAGGUCUUCGGUUCGAAGCUUACCUACAGAUGUCUCGAAGUCGGCAAAGGGUUUCAACGUUCAGUGAACGCAUCAAGUUGCACAUUAUAUCCGUGGCAAGACAACAACGGCGAAUCCCAAAGGCUUUGGCAGUGA